AUGGAGAGUGCAAUCACACUGUGGCAGUUCCUUUUGCAGUUGCUGCUAGACCAGAAACACGAACACCUCAUUUGCUGGACGUCUAAUGAUGGCGAAUUCAAGCUGCUCAAGGCAGAAGAAGUGGCUAAGCUGUGGGGACUCAGAAAAAACAAAACUAAUAUGAAUUAUGACAAGCUGAGCCGGGCGCUCAGAUACUAUUAUGACAAGAACAUCAUCAAGAAAGUGAUCGGACAAAAAUUUGUAUACAAGUUUGUCUCCUUUCCUGAGAUUUUAAAAAUGGAUCCACAUGCUGUGGAAAUCAGCAGAGAGAGCCUUUUGCUGCAGGACAGCGACUGUAAGAUGCCUUCGGAGAGCAGGGACCAGCACAAGCACAGCUUGUCAGCACUGAAAAGCACAAGCCGUAAUGAAUAUAUCCACUCUGGCCUGUACUCCUCUUUCACUAUCAACUCUCUGCAGAACCAGCCAGACCCUUACAAGACAAUCAAAACAGAAAAACUGGAGAAAUCAGAAGGAAACACACCAGUUGAAGAAGUCCGGACUGUUAUCAGAUUUGUGACAAACAAAACAGACAAACAAGUUACGAGGCCCAUGGUGUCGUUGCCUUCUACUUCUGAAACAGCAGCUGCCUCUGCUUUCCUCAACUCUUCAGUAUCAGCUAAAAUAUCUUCCUUAAUGCUACCCAACAGUGCCAGCAUUUCAUCUCCAUCAUCAUCGUCCUCCAGGUCACCCUCUGUGUCUCCCACCUCACCCCUCCCUACAGAACACAGGAGCUUCUUCCUUGACUCCAGUUGCCACGACUCAGAUUCCCUUGAGCCUCUGAACCUCUCCUCAGGCUCCAAGGCCAAAUCCCCAUCUCUUCCCCCAAAGGCUAAAAAACCCAAAGGCUUGGAAAUCUCUGCCCCACCUAUGAUUCUCUCCAGCACCGACAUCGGUUCCAUCGCCCUCAACAGCCCCGCACUUCCUUCGGGAUCCCUGACUCCAGCUUUCUUCACUGCACAGACCCCCAGUGGAUUAUUGCUGACCCCCAGCCCGCUGCUGUCCAGCAUUCACUUCUGGAGCAGCCUCAGUCCUGUUGCUCCUCUGAGUCCUGCCAGGCUGCAAGGACCGAACACUCUGUUCCAGUUUCCGACUCUGCUAAAUGGUCACAUACCAGUGCCACUCCCCAGUCUGGACAGAGCCUCUUCACCAGUACUGCUUUCUCCAAAUGCUCAGAAAUCCUGAU